AGGUUGCGUCACAGUCUCUACAAUUAAUUUUAUAUAUAACAUUUAAAUUGCUGGAGUCGUCAUUCUUGUCUUUAUGUGUUUAAUCCAAUUGUUUAGAUUUUUUAAGACACGAUAUCCUACAUUUACAUCCGAUUUUUAAUAUUAACUGACAUUUUUUCGAAGAUGGAUUCUACAUAUGGAAUUGCAACAAAUUUGUUAUCUUUAUCCUUGUUAUCGUGAGGACCCUUUUUAUUUUCUCUAUCCGUUAUAUUUAAUUUGUUGCCGAUAAGAUUAUUAAUCUUACGAUUUAUUUUAUUGAAAAUAAGAGCAAGAGGGUAGCCAUUCGAUAACAGAACAUUUAUAAUUGUAUACAAAUUUUUACCAUGGAAUCGAAAAUGCGACAAUAGUAAUGUUCUGUUCACUAAAUUAUAAAUAGUGCCUAAUUUGUGGCACAUCGGAUGGUUGGAAUAAAAAGAUAAAAAUUUACCUGAAAAAGGUUUUUUAUGGAACCAAUCUACAUAUAUCGCAUUCUCAAUCACAUUAAAAGAAACUAAUGCUACGAUGGGCCAGAUAAAAAAAUAUGGACUUGACCUUGAGUGACCUAUUGACGGUCAGGUCAAGUGAAGUUAUCGAUGUCUUUUUAAAUAGAAACCUCUAUUGUUUAUUACAUUUUCUUGUAGCCCUUGUCGAGACGUUUCUAAAACACUACCUAUUGAUGUCUUUUACGCAAGCCGUUCCCAAGAUAUAAAGCUUAAAAUUCGACAUAUCAUCGGCAUUUGCAUUACCCGAUGUACACCGCGGGAAGGUUAAAUUGCUCGGUCGGAUCAAAAAUUUAUUACGUCUUGAUAAACCCUAAAUGCAAUAUUCUGCGAUGUAUGAUGAUGAAGUUUGCACUCUUUCAGAGAAAAGCGGACAAUGUUUCUACUUAUUGUUAGUCUUCGUCUAGUAUUGUUUAUUAUUAACUGAUUAAUAAUCAGCCAGACGUGAAAUAGACUACUUUCGCUAGUGAUCAAAAAAAUCAGAUAAAGAAAAAUCGACAUUAAAUACUCAAACAUCAACAUGUCUGAUCAUUUUGAAGGUGAUAUCUCCAUCACGGGCAUUUCAGGUCGUUUACCUGAAUCCUCAAACAUUGAGGAGUUUAAGGAAAAUUUAAUGAAAGGAAUGGACAUGGUUACCGAGGACGAGCGCCGUUGGUCAAAGGGUACUUAUGAAGUGCCAUCCAGAUUUGGCAAACUCAAGGAUCUUGGCAGUUUUGAUGCCUCGUUUUUCAGGGUACAUCCUAAACAGGCGCGCGUAAUGGAUCCACAGCUUCGCAUUAUGCUAGAAGUGACAUACGAGACGUUAAUUGACGCUGGCAUUAAUCCUUCCACCUUGAAAGGAUCACGCACCGGUGUAUUCGUCGGUGUUUCUUCUUCGGAUGCGAACAAUUUUUGGAAGAGAAAUGCAAACGGAUAUGGAUUGCUUGGAUGUUGCAGAGCAAUGUUUGCUAACAGAAUUUCAUAUGCUUUUGAUUGGAACGGUCCCAGUUACGCGAUUGACACAGCUUGUUCCUCGUCUUUGGCUGCCUUGCAUCAAGCAGUCCUCGCUAUAAGGACCGGGGAAUGCGACAGCGCGAUUGUUGGAGGAAUGAAUCUUUUGCUCGAUCCGGCGAAUGCUCUUCACUUUCAUCAACUAAAUAUGCUAUCCAACGAUGGCAAGUGCAAAACAUUCGAUGUUACGGCUGACGGUUACGCGAGAGCCGAAGCAGUGGUUGCAAUAUAUCUGCAGAAGGCGAUUGAUGCGCGCAGAGUGUACGCCACAGUGAUGAAUACAAUGGUAAACACGGAUGGUUAUAAGCCUGAAGGUAUCACGUAUCCAAACGGGAACAUUCAAUGUCAGAUGUUGCACGAGGUAUACAACAAGGUGGGUCUCGAUCCCAAGAAUGUUGUUUACAUGGAAGCUCAUGGAACCGGUACCAAAACGGGGGAUCCAGAAGAACUCGCUGCCAUUGAUAAACUGCUCUGUAAAGAUAGAAAGACACCACUGCUGAUAGGCUCGGUUAAGUCAAAUAUGGGACAUUCGGAACCCGCCAGUGGAUUGUGCUCCAUUGUUAAGGUGCUGAUCGCGAUGGAAACAGGUGUAAUUCCUGCGAAUUUAAACUUCACUAUUCCAAAUCCAAUGCUCCCUGCACUAAAAGAAGGACGAAUGCGUGUGGUCGACAAAAUCACAUCUUGGAACGGCGGUCUCGUGGGUAUCAAUUCGUUCGGUUUUGGUGGCUCUAAUUCGCAUGUCAUUCUGCGCAGUAACCCAAAAGCAAAGAUGUCGUCAGUGUCAGAAACUGUCGAACCGAUGCUGCCGAAGCUAGUUAUCGUGUCAGGUCGAACGAAAGAUGCUACAGACGUGUUACUGGAUAAGGCAACAGAGCAUCUGCAGGACAAGGAGUUUUUAUCACUAUUACAUGCUGUGCACAGUGUUAAUAUAUCAGGACACAACGUUCGCGGCUACGAGAUACUUGGUCAUGACAAUACGCGCGAAGUGGCCGAGGCCAAUUAUGAUAAGAAACGUCCCAUUUGGUUUGUAUUUUCCGGUAUGGGUUCUCAAUGGCCAGGUAUGGGUCGCGAAUUAUUUCACAUCGAAAUUUGCCAACGCAGUUUGCGACAAUGUGCGGAUAUCUUAAAAAACCAAGACAUCGACCUAAUAAAUAUCAUCAUGAAUGGUACUGACGAGAUUUACGAGAACGUAAUAGUUGCUUUUGUAUCAAUUGUGGCCAUCCAAAUCGCUCUCGUCGAUAUGUUGAUAUCUAUAGGCAUACAACCAGACGGCAUAGUUGGACACUCUAUCGGUGAAUUAAGCUGUUCCUAUGCCGACGGUGCGUUUACAUUGGAACAAACCAUAUUGGCAGCUUACUACAGAGGCAAAGCGAUUGUAGAUUCAAACUUGAAACCGGGUGCUAUGGCAGCGAUUGGUUUAAACUGGGAGGAAGCUAAAACGAUAUGUCCGUCCGAUAUCGUUCCAGCCUGUCACAAUUCCGCACGUUUGGUUACUAUAAGCGGCCCAUCUAUUUCUGUAAACAUGUUUGUCGAGAAGCUGAAUAAGAAAAAUAUUUUUACCAAGAUGAUUAAAUGCUCUGGCAUUGCUUUUCACAGCAAAUACGUUGCCGAGGCAGAAUUUAAGUUUCGCAAUUCACUCGACAUGAUCAUAACAAAACCGAAGCAGAGAUCUCACAGAUGGAUCUCUAGUUCGGUUCCCAAGGUCGCGUGGAAAAGUCCACUUGCACAGUUCAGCUCAACUGAUUAUCACGUGAAUAAUUUGUUAUCGCCCGUACUCUUCUACGAAGCGACUGCGCACAUCCCAGAGAACGCCAUAACCAUUGAAAUCUCGCCGCAUUGUUUACUUCAGGCGAUCCUUUGUCGAUCGCUACCACCGACGGUGACAAAUGUCAGUCUUCAAAAACGGAAUCAUUCAAACAACCUUAUCUUCUUGCUGUCUAAUGUAGGAAAAUUGUAUAAUGCCGGAGCGCAACCAGAUAUCUCCAAAUUGUAUUUGCCGGUCAGUUUUCCUGUUGGUCGUGGAACACCAAUGAUCGGACCUUUAGUCAAAUGGGACCAUUCCGUUACGUGGGAGGUGCCAAAUUUUAAGCAUAGGUCAGGAGAAUUGUCGAACAAGCACAUUGUGGAAGUAAAUCUAACAAGAAAGAUGGAUGCGUUUCUAACUGGACACAAAGUCAACGGAAAACUUAUCUUUCCUGGCGCCGGUUUUAUUCUGAUGAUUUGGAAAACUUUUGCCAAACUACAUGACAUCAAUUUCGAACAAAUACCAAUAAUCCUAGAGAAUCUACAGUUUCAUCGUGCUACCUUUGUGCCGGAGAAAAAAACAAUCAAGUUUUUCGUAAAUAUUUUUGAAAUAACGGGUAAUUUUGAGAUCUGUGAAUCCAAUGCGGUCGUUGUCAGUGGAAACAUACGCGUAGCUGAGGCCAUCGAAAAAGAGCAGCUAAAUCGAUCACCGAUACCGCUCGUUAAUAAGGAGCACUCAUUACCAAUGAAUACAGAGGACAUUUAUAAGGAAUUGAGGCUGCGCGGUUAUGAAUAUAGUGACAUUUUCAAAGGGAUAAAGUCCUGCAAUUGCGACAAAACCAUAGGUGAGCUAUAUUGGUUUAACGAAUGGACCUCGUACAUAGACAGUAUGUUUCAAUUUACCGUAUUGUUCAGUGAAAGAAAAGUGGUGUACAUAUCGGGAAUCCGUUAUGUCGCAAUCGAUCCUGUUUUUCAUAAACAAUUGGUUGAUGAAUUACCAAAACACAGUGGAUUACCCGUAUAUUAUUACAAGAACAUCGCCGUUAUCAAAUCGGGUGGUAUCGAAGUGAGAGGUAUAAAACCUACUGCACCUAUACGACAACAAGUUCAAGUCAGACCUAAAUACGAAAGUUAUGAUUAUGUAUCUUAUGAAAAUCCGCACAACUUUAUUCUGAAAGAUCCCAUAAAAGGAAAAACACACGCGCUUACCGUGUUAUUACAAACAGUUUGUGAAAACGUUAUGACAUCGAGAAUCAAAAUCGUAGAAGUUGUGGGCAAUCGAGCCGCAGAAGACCUUUUAAUGCCGCUUGUACACGACAUUUUAUACAGCGAACCCUUCUGUAAUGUGGAUUUACAGAUAGCCAUCAAUUCCGCCAAAAAUUACGCAAAACAUUUUAAUCGAGUGAAUGUAAAAAUUAACACUGUGACAUGGAAUGAAGCAUCCUUAAGUCAGAAUGUGCAUCUUAUCAUAGCCGCAAAUAUUCAGUCUUUUACACAUCUUACAAAUCUAGCUGCUGUCUUGAAAUCAGGUUGUUUUAUUCUUCUGGAAGUGACUGCUGAACGAUUCGAUUUUGAGACCAGGUUGAAAGAGGAGAAUCUGGUGUUAGUCGGAAAACAAAUUGGUUCUUCGGGAAAGAGUUAUGUUUUGUUGAGAAAGCGAAAUAAGAAAAGAGAGUCGAUUGUAAUAUCAAUUACAGGAAAACAUUUUUCAUGGUUGGACAAUGCGAAACAAGUAUUUAAAAAAUUUGAUAGUGAAAAUCAAGAAAUACUUUUUGUGUCUCAGGACAAAGAUUCACUUGGCUUAAUUGGAUUGAUGAAUUGUAUUCGGCGUGAGACCACAAAUGUACGUUACGUGUUUAUUCAUGAUGAUAACGCUCCCAAAUUUGAUUUAUCCACUCAGUUUUAUGUGGAGCAAUUAGAUAAAGGAUUAAUAGCUAAUGUGUUAAAAGGAGGUCAAUGGGGUAGUUAUCGGCACUUCCAAUUAGAUUGUUCUGGCAAAAUUCAAGUUGAGCACGCCUACGUGAAUACAUUAACGAAAGGAGACUUGAGCAGUCUGGAAUGGAUUCAAAGUCCGAUAACAUACUGCCAGACUAAUUAUCAAAGAUCUAUCUGCAGUGUGUAUUACGCCUCGUUAAAUUUCAAGGAUAUCAUGUUAGCAACCGGUAAAAUAUCAAUGAACGAAAUCCCGGGAUUGCCUAAAGAGGACUUUAUAUUAGGUAUUGAGUUUUCCGGAAGAGAUGUAAAUGGAAAUAGAGUCAUGGGUGUGAUCAGAGGUAAAGGGUUGGCGACCACUGUUGUGUCUGAUUCCGAUUUUCUUUGGAAUGUACCUGACAAGUGGACGUUGGAGCAAGCGGCUACAAUUCCUGUCGCUUAUAUGACUAGUUAUUACGCUCUGUUUGUACGAGGUCGGUUAAAAAGGGGAGAGACCGUGCUGAUUCACACUGGUGCGGGUGCGGUUGGUCAAGCAGCGAUCACCAUUGCAUUGCAUGCCGGCUGCACAGUCUUCACCACUGUUGGUACAUUGGAGAAGCGGCUGUAUCUUAAAAAAAUUUUUCCACAAUUGUCCGAUAAGCACAUCGGCAAUUCCCGUGAUACGAGUUUCGAGCAAUUAAUUCUCGAUAAUACCCAAGGACGUGGGGUGGACGUGGUAUUAAACUCUUUAGCGGAAGAAAAACUGCAUGCCAGCGUACGGUGUCUCGCAAUAAACGGUCGUUUUCUAGAGAUAGGGAAGUAUGACAUGAUGAAUGGCAACCGCAUAGAUAUGUCGAUAUUUUUAAAGAACAUUGCCUUUCACGGUAUACUGUUUGAAAUGCUCUUUGAGAACUACGUGGACAAACGAGAAACAAUUAUGCUUUUCUCGGAAGGAAUCGAGAACGGCGUAGUGCGCCCGUUAUCAACAACAAUAUUUUCAGACCAACAUCUCGAACAGGGAUUUAGAUUUAUGGCGACAGGCAAACACAUCGGCAAGGUAUUGUUCCGAAUCCGGGAAGAGGAAACGCAGAAUCGUGUGCUACCGAUUUCUAGAAUGAUGACUGCUAUGCCGCGAACUUACAUGCAUCCGGAGAAGUCAUACGUGCUGAUUGGUGGUCUCGGUGGAUUUGGCUUGGAAUUGGCCAAUUGGAUGAUUGCUCGCGGUGCCAGGUUUAUAAUUCUCGUGGCACGUACCGGUGUACGCACCGGUUAUCAGGAAUCGCGAGUGCAUUAUUGGCGCGAAAGCGGCAUCCGUAUCGUCAUUUCUACGGCAGAUGUCACAACAUCAUUGGGCGCCGAACGUUUAAUCAAAGAAAGUAACCAACUGGCUCCGGUAGGUGGUAUAUUUAAUCUGGCGGCUGUGAUGCGCGAUGCUUUGUUCGAAAACCUUGACGUGGACGACUUCGAGAGUGUAAUAUUGCCAAAAGUCAACGCUACGAGAAAUUUGGAUGAAAUAUCGAGAAAAUUCUGUCCAUCAUUAGAUCAUUUUGUCGUGUUUUCAUCCGUGUCGUGCGGUCGCGGCAAUUCAGGUCAAUCUGCUUACGGAUAUGCAAAUUCGGUUAUGGAGAGAAUGAUGGAACAGAGAUGUGCUUCGGGUUUGCCCGGUCUUGCUAUUCAAUGGGGUCCUAUCGGAGAUGUCGGUUUAUACGUAGAUAUGAAGAAUAAGAAUAUCAAUUUAAGCAAUAUUUUACCGCAAUCUAUGAGCAGCUGCCUCGCAACUAUGGAUGUCUUUCUUCAACAGCAAUAUCCUAUACUAUCGUCUGUGGUAGUAGCUAAUAAGAAACAUAAAACCGCGAAUAGCGACAGCAAAGUUAAUUUUGCUCAAAUUUUUAAUGUUCUCGGUAUCAAAAAUUUUCUGUCAAAAAAUCUCGAUGACAGUUUCGAGAAACUGGGUGUCGACUCACUGGGCUAUGUAGAGAUCAAACAGAUUCUUGAAAAAGAUUAUGAUAUAGUAUUAUCAUUCCGAGAAAUCCGUACUUUGACAGUAGGCAAAUUGCGAGAUUUAGUUUUGGCAAAUGACGUAUCUUGCGAUUUUUCUACGAGUUAGAAAAAAUAUAAACAUAACUGUGAAUUCUUUA